AUGGAGUUAAAUUUUCUUGACGUGCAGAAAUCAUUGGAAAUGGUCAAGAGAAUGGAAAAGAGAUUGGCACACUUCACCGAAACAUCGAUGAAGCACCUGGAGGCAUUGGAUGGUUUAAGCAUCAUUGGAGAGCUAACGAGCGAGGCACAGGCAGUACGAAACCGUGAGAAAAGGAAGAGCUUAAUUGAUGGAAUCAACACGCUGCUAAAUGGAAAUGACAAGCAUGUUCGACGAUUAGAAGAGUACAAAAAGAAGCUCCUUGGGGAAAUUAUUGAAUGA